UUUUUUAUUUUCGUUUUUCAGGUAGUUUUGAAUUGGUUAAAUAUUUCAUCUAGCAGUUAUUUGCGUCCAAAUCCAGUUGCUUAAUACCCGCUCUUUGGUGGACUUGAGACAGAAUAGUUUAGAAACUGUGAACUGGUUGAAUAGCAGUGUAGUGUAUUGUCUAGCGAGUCUGUUGUGAUGAUGUCGACACCUGUGAAGGAUGAGCUGGCGCGGAAAAAGGAAAAGUUAGAAGAAAUGAGGCGGAAGAAGGCGGAGAUGCAAAGGACGAAUGCAGAGAAACACAAGGCUAAGAUGAGAGGAAUCAUGGGUUUGGACCAAGGGGAUGCUCCUGCAGGCGGCGCAGCAGCAGGAUCAUCUGAAAGAUGGUCUAACGCAGAUGACAUCUUCAAGGAGUUCGACAUUCAAGGGGUUCCGACCCAGUCUUCCUCAGGUGUGGAUCCCUCGACUGGCCAGUCCCUCCUAUCUACACCCCCUUCUGGCAUGUCAGCUGCAGGGGGCAUGAUGGAAUCCUCUACCGGAGGGGCAUUUUCGGGUGAAGGGCUCACUCACGCCAGUGGCCUUGGAACAUCCAGGUCUCUUCGGUCCACAAGCAAACUAGAGAUGGGUUCCUUUAACACAGUGGACAUUCCUCCGACGGAGAACUACCUCUACCCCAAAUCCACCCAGACAGAUGAGUUCCUCCUGCCAAAGGAGUCCCAGCAGACGGAUGCAGAGGAACUAGCGUCUACUGUGAAGGAAGAAGCGACCGAGAACAAGGACGCCGACAAAGGUAAGAAGGAGUCUGGCAGUGGGAGUGGCAGUCCAGUUCCAGUGGUGGCCAAGGAACUGACGGAGGAGGAGAAGGCGGCCAUCGUGUCAUCAGAGGGAUUCCUCACUUUCCUCACCCGCUCAUCCCAACUGGUGGAGCGGAAGAUCACAUCGGAGGUGGAUGUGUACAAGCCUUACAUACAGGAGGACGACGAUAAGAGCUCGAGUACCCACCCCGGAAGUCAAGUGAAGGUGUCCAGAGUGUUCUACCAGGACUUCUGGUGUGCGAACAGUGCAAUCAGCAGCCUCGACUGGUCCCCCUUCUUCCCCAACGAACUGGUUCUCUCUUCCUACCACUCCUUCUCCCAUGACCACCACCCUGCCGGAGCAGCAUCCGAAUCCACCGGGGGAUCUCUGGGUGGACUGGAGAACAGUGGACUGGCAAUGGUGUGGAAUCUAGGCUUCAACACGGACACUCCAGAUGCCAUUUAUCAGUGUCAGACGUCAGUAGUGAAUGCAGUGUUUGCCAAGUUCCAUCAGAAUCUAGUGGUGGGAGGCACAUACAGUGGCAGAGUGGUCAUCUGGGACAGCAGGAACAACAAGCGAAGUCCAGUUCAGAGAACGGCUCUUCCCACUCAGGGUCACACGCAUCCUGUGUUCUGUACGGAGGUGAUUGGGACUGAGAAUGCACACAACCUCAUCACCAUCUCCUCGGACGGAAAACUCUGCUCAUGGAGUCUGGACAUGCUCUCCGAGCCACAGGAGACAGUGGAACUGUUCACGUCUCUGGGCAAGACACAGACGAGUAAACACAACAGUGUGCCUGUGAAGUGUAUGUCCUUCCCCACUAACGAGUACAACUCAUUCGUGGUCGGAGCAGAAGACGGAUAUAUCUACGGGGCAGUCAGACACGGGAGCAAACCAGGUAUAACGGACACCUAUGAGAGACACUAUGCGCCAGUGACGAGUGUGGACUUCAACCAGUGUCCAGGUCCCAUAGACUUCAGCCACCUCUUCGUGUCCUCUUCCUUCGACUGGUCUGCGAAGCUAUGGUCCACUAAGGCUCCAGGAAGACCUCUGCACUCUCUGGAAGGACUGGGCGAGUAUGUGACUGAGAGUAGAUGGUGUCCCACGCAUCCUUCUACAUUCGCCACCACACUCACCACUGGCAGAAUGGACAUCUGGAACCUCAACCACGACACAGAAGUGCCCCUCUCUUCUCUCCAGCUGGAGGGAUCCCCCGCUAUCAUCAAGGCCAAGUGGGCCCAGAACGGACGCAAGAUUGUGAUGGGUGACGAUGACGGGAAGAUACACGUGGCAGACAUAGGAGAGAACAUCUGCACGCCUCAGCCAGAUGCUUGGAGCAACCUAGUACACACUCUAUCCGAGCUGCAAACCCAGACCACAGAAAUAGACCAGUGGUCGGACACCAGCUCCAACUACUAGACCAAAACAAUUACAUCAUUAUCACAAUCGAAUUACGUCAUCCAGUUAUAUGACGUCAUCGAUCAAUCACAUGACGUUGUUGGACUUGGAACAAAUAUUGAUGAAGUAAUCAUGCAAUGAUAUGACGUAAUCACUCUCUAGAGCCCGAAAGCAGUUGUUCAUAACGAGUGUUAAAUCAAGCGUAAUCGAAGUCGGAUGAAACGUAUUUCUUCUUGUCUUGACUCUACAUACGCAUUUGAAGUUCAUCGAAAGCAAUUUUAAAACUUAUACGAGUCUCUUUUAUUAGAAUUUGGGUUGCCUUUUUUUCAACAACGCUUGUCGACUGUCGACAAUGUUGCUGUUAAUUAUGAUCAUUUUUGGCGCAAAAACUUCGUAUUUGGUAAAUAUGGUUUUCAGAACUGGUGUGAAGACAUGAAAUAGAUGUAGAUAGACUUCUUGCUUGCAAAUUGUUAUUGCGUGAUGGUGCUGCUGUUUUAGUUGGACGACAAUUAGAAAAUGUUACCGAUUUUGAAGAUUGAUUUGAUUUUGAUACAGACAACGUCAUUAUCUUGGACACCGUUUAGCGAUUUUUUCAAUUUUUGAAAAUUAACCUGAAAAUGUCAGCAUCAUAAUUCUAUUUUUGCUAUCUUUUUUGCAAAUAUGUGUUUUGUCUUCCAUUUAAUGACCAAUUUCCAUCGUUUAAAUAAACGUUGUCACCGGGAGUGUCUUCAUAUUUUAGUUAACUAUGUAAAAUAAGUUUGAUAAAUAAAGCUAUAA